AUGGAAGUUACCCUGGGAAUGCCUACAAACGACAACAGCGUGCCGGCUACCGAUCUCCAAGAGAUCCGGCGAGAAAUUCGUCAGCUGAAGAAUAGCAGAGCCGCCGAAAUGGGCCGACUCCCGACCCACCUGCUGACAUUUUUUUCGACGUGUUGCCUAUGUAAUCCCGCACUUGGUUCACUAAUCGAUAAUGCAAUCGAACAACAGCACCGGGUCAUCAAUGAGAUGAACCAGAACUUCACCGACUUGGAAAAGGCCAGUGAAAAACUGAUUGAUCUCGGUACCUAUAUUGCACCGCACAAAGUACCUCCGAAAACUGUCAAGAUCACCAAUACUGUAGCGGUUAAAGUUCCUGUGCCAUAUCCUGUUGAGGUUCCACUGCCAGUACCUGUUCCGAUACCCGUCAACAAACCUAUUCCAGUGCCGGUUCCAAAGAUUAUUAAAGUUCCGGAGCCAACACCAGUGCAACCAACGGUAAGCACUGCAUCAAGUUACGUCACAUCGCCUCAAAGUCCAACAGCAGUUGGAACAACUGUGUCUUCCUUUAGCAGUAGAUCCUCUGGACCUACAUCGGCUCAUUUGCUGUCGGGUGAACAAGAAACUGCGUACUCCAAUCGUAAUGAACAAUUCAAGGAAUUUGUGCAUUCCUAUCCAAUCCAUUCCGUUUUUGACGUUGGAGUGGACUAUAACCCCUACAUGGGAAAUAGGUUAGCACGCACAAAAGAAGCAACAUCUGCAUCAGAGCGGCACUAUACCAAACAUUCUGAUCUGGAACCAUUACGGGAAUACAGUAGUCAUAAUAGAAUUCGGGAUACGCACGAUGACCAUUACAAUUAUUAUCAAUCAACCGCUCGACCAGAACGAGGUUCUUCUGCCAAUCAAGAUUAUCAUAGUGCUUAUUCAACUCCUGAAAUGGAAGUAAUUCCACAUGCGUACAAAUCAUCUAAAUCGAAUUAUUUUGUAAAAAAUUCGGAGAAAUAUCCUACACCAAAAUUUCCAAGACCCACACAUUCCGCUUUUCCAACCACUCCCACUUUUUAUACUAAACAGCCUUCCCAUGAAGUUGAGUCUCAUUACGAAAAUCAAGAUUAUAAGGAAUAUCGACUGAAAUCUCCUUCUACAGAACAUCGUUUGCAAUCCGUAAAAGAUUCAUAUCCUCACUAUAUACAUCCUGACUUCAAAAAGUACCCCUAUAAGAAACCUGAAGACUACAGAGAAUCUUACUCUGAGCACAAACAUGAAAAAUACGUAGAGCAUUAUCAAAAGCCUGCAGAGGUAACUUACCCUGCACGCUAUCACCAGGCAGAAAACCAAGAAGUCGAAGAAAGUCGUGAACCAUCGACUCAUUACAAACAAUAUGAAUAUCAGAAAGAACCCUACACAUCACAUGCAGAGUCAUAUCCAGAACGAACGCCUUCUUCCGAUCAGUAUGAACAUUCUGAGCAUUAUAAUAAACCUAAUCAAAAUUCUGAACAUUAUUCACAUGCUGAAACAAGGGAACCUGAGCAUUACGCUCCUCAAGAAUACAAAACAUACUACGCCAAACCUUCUCCUGUUUCCGAAGCACUCGUUUAUUUAGACGAAAAAGAGCGAUCUCAUGACAAUGACCACAAAGACUACUACACUAACAAAUUACAACAUCACCGACCCAGAACUGAACACGAACACAAACCGCAAUAUGAAGCAAAACCAAGUGCCAUUACCUAUGACUUUCCCAGUGACUCCCAUCUGCACCCAUCUUAUCCGGAAAACUCAGCAUCAAAACACAAAGCUCAGCACUAUUAUUCCCCCAGUCCCGAACAUCCAUCCUUUGACGAACCGUCAGAAUCUGAACACAAACCCUGUCACCAUCACCCUGCCGAACACAGUCCUUCUCCAAGUCCUUCCUCACCAAACCACGUAAACUCGUACGAUCAUGGGGAAAGCCCCAGUAAAGAGCGCUAUCGUUAUUACUAUCCCGAGACAGUACAUUAUCAACAGCAUCACCCACACAGACACACGGAAAUUGCCAGCGAUAUGCUUGAAUCGUCCUCUAAAUACCAUGAAGCGUACGAACGUGCGGUCGAACAUGAUCAUCGGAUGGCCAAUCCGAACGAUCACGCCGAGUAUAGCCACGAGCAUUUGCACCACCAUCAUCAUCCUCCGUCAUAA